UGCUGGAGGCACACCAAUACCGUUCUGCUGAGAAGAAAAAAACCCACAACUACCUUAAACGAUUUUAAGACAAUAUGCGCAACUCUCGCCUUUCAUAGCGAUCACUAUUUAAAUCUGGCAAGAGCCUACACCAGUCUUUGCAAGAAUGGAGUCGGUAAAACAAAGGAUUUUGACCCCAGGAAAAGAGGGGCUAAAGAAUUUUGCUGGAAAAUCCCUUGGCCAGAUCUACAGGGUGCUGGAGAAGAAGCAAGACACUGGGGAGACCAUCGAGCUGACGGAGGAUGGGAAGCCCCUGGAGGUGCCUGAGAAAAAGGCUCCGCUGUGCGACUGCACCUGCUUCGGCCUGCCGCGCCGCUACAUCAUCGCCAUCAUGAGCGGCCUGGGCUUUUGCAUAUCCUUCGGCAUCCGCUGCAACCUGGGCGUGGCCAUCGUGGACAUGGUCAACAACAGCACCAUCCACCGAGGGGGCAAGGUCAUCAAGGAGAAAGCCAAAUUCAACUGGGACCCAGAAACUGUGGGGAUGAUCCACGGUUCCUUCUUUUGGGGCUACAUCAUCACCCAAAUUCCGGGCGGCUACAUCGCGUCUCGGCUGGCAGCCAACAGGGUUUUUGGAGCUGCCAUACUUCUUACCUCAACUCUGAAUAUGCUCAUCCCAUCAGCAGCCAGAGUGCAUUAUGGGUGCGUCAUCUUUGUGAGGAUAUUGCAGGGACUUGUUGAGGGUGUCACCUACCCAGCAUGUCAUGGGAUAUGGAGCAAGUGGGCUCCUCCUCUAGAAAGGAGUAGAUUGGCAACCACCUCCUUUUGUGGUUCAUAUGCUGGAGCUGUGAUUGCAAUGCCUUUAGCUGGCAUUCUUGUACAGUAUACUGGUUGGUCCUCAGUAUUCUAUGUCUAUGGGAGCUUUGGAAUGGUCUGGUACAUGUUUUGGCUUUUGGUGUCCUAUGAGAGUCCUGCAAAGCAUCCUACUAUUACAGAUGAAGAACGCAGGUACAUUGAAGAAAGCAUUGGAGAGAGCGCAAAUCUUUUAGGUGCAAUGGAAAAAUUCAAGACUCCAUGGAGGAAAUUUUUUACGUCUAUGCCUGUCUAUGCAAUAAUUGUGGCAAACUUCUGCAGAAGCUGGACUUUUUACUUAUUGCUUAUUAGUCAGCCAGCAUAUUUUGAGGAAGUCUUUGGAUUUGAAAUCAGCAAGGUUGGCAUGCUAUCUGCUGUGCCACACUUGGUAAUGACAAUUAUUGUGCCCAUUGGGGGGCAGAUUGCAGAUUUUCUAAGAAGCAAGCAAAUUCUUUCAACUACUAUAGUAAGAAAGAUCAUGAAUUGCGGUGGUUUUGGCAUGGAAGCAACACUGCUUCUGGUUGUUGGCUAUUCUCAUACUAGAGGGGUAGCUAUCUCAUUCUUGGUGCUGGCAGUGGGAUUCAGUGGAUUUGCUAUUUCUGGUUUCAAUGUUAACCACUUGGAUAUUGCUCCGAGAUAUGCAAGUAUCUUAAUGGGAAUUUCAAAUGGUGUUGGCACACUGUCAGGAAUGGUUUGCCCUAUCAUUGUUGGUGCAAUGACAAAGAAUAAGUCACGUGAAGAGUGGCAGUAUGUUUUCCUGAUCGCUGCCCUGGUCCACUAUGGCGGAGUUAUAUUUUAUGCAAUAUUUGCUUCAGGAGAGAAGCAACCCUGGGCAGAUCCUGAGGAAACAAGUGAAGAGAAAUGUGGAUUUAUCCAUGAAGAUGAGCUCGAUGAAGAGACAGGGGACAUUACUCAAAAUUAUAUAAAUUAUGGUACCCCUAAGUCUUAUGGUGCCACCACACAGGCCAAUGGAGGUUGGCCAAAUGGUUGGGAAAAGAAAGAGGAAUUCGUACAAGAAGAAGUGCAAGACUCAUACACCUAUAAGGACCGAGAUGAUUAUUCAUAACAAAGCUAAUUGCUGGGUUUAUUUUUAGUGUUUGUGAUUAAAUUAAUCGUGAUUGCACAGAAAUUUAAAAAAAAGUGAUGUAAACACAUAAACAUAUCAACCAGGUAAGUCUUGCUGUAAAAAUGAAUCAAAAAAACAAAAAAAAAACUCAUAAA